CAAUUAUCUUCUGUAUGUAUAUAUCAGAGCCGACUCCAUUGUUAUGAGGUGAAGCUUUCUUCUAUUCUCCUUAUAUUUACUCAAUCUAUCUCCUCCUCUGUAUGUAUAUAUCAACCAUCUCCAUUGUCGCGAGGUAACAACUAGUAGCAUUUUUCCAAUUGAAGGAUUUGUGGGAGAAGAAAGGUUAUGGCCAAAUUAGUUAGACGAUUUCCUCAAUUAGGGUUAAGAUGCCUGAAAUGGAGAUAUGAUAUCGCCAGUACUUGUGAAAGUCCAGCUUUUCACUUGAUGAAAUCAACACUACUUGGCCAUUCUCUAUUGACAAAUAGAAGCUUCAGUAUGAUUGAGAAUCGCAAAGUAUUCAUGAGCGAUGAAACAACCUCAGAGGACGAAGAUGUCGACCAUCAAACCUCAUCUCAGUUCAUGGCAAACCGAAGAUUCAGUAUGACCGAGAAUCAUAAACGAUUUGUGAAGAGCGAUGAAACAACCUCAGAGGAUGAGGACAAGGAUGAACAAGUCGACCAUCAAACCUCAUCUCAGAUAAUGGGAAACAAUGAUAAUUGUCAACCUCGGGACAAUAUUCGUCGAAAAGAUAGGGUCAAGUUUAUAGUGGAGAACCUAACAGACAUGGAAGACAACAGUAAAGAGGCAGUUCACGAAGCACUUGAUUCGUGGGUAGCUUGGGAACAGAAUUUCCCUGUAGGACAUCUCAAAAGAGUUAUAUUUCUUCUCGAAAAGGAUGAACAAUGGCAUAGAGUUAUUCAAGUGAUCAAAUGGAUGCUUAGCAAAGGACAAGGAAAUACAAGGGGAACUUAUGCACAGCUUAUUCGUGCCCUAGAUAUGGAUAAUCGAGCAGAAGAAGCUCAUCAAGUUUGGGAAAAGAAAAUUGGAUUUGAUCUUCAUUCUGUUCCUUGGCAGCUAUGCCAACUUAUGGUAGCUGUGUAUCACAGAAACAACAUGCCAGAGAGAACUAUAAAACUUUUCAAAGGCUUGGAAGAUUUCGAUCGUAAGCCACAAGAGAAAUCGAUUGUGCAGAGAGUUGCGGAUGCUUAUGAGUUGUUGGGUAAACCACAAGAGAAGGAAAGGGUUCUUGAGAAAUACAAGGAUUUGUUCUCAUUAAGCCCGAAGAAGUUUAGUUCCAAGAACAAGAAGAAACCUAAAGCUGCCAAAAAAGCCGAGUAAUGAUGUUUCAACAAUCAAAGGUACUUUCUUUUGUUCCCUACCUUACCUGUUUUGUUUAAAGACAUGUUAGUUUAAAAAACAACAUUGAUGAAUGGAAAUUUUUUACCAAAGUUA